AUGGCAUUGGUGGAAUUCACUUUCCGAUAUGUGCCCCAGCAAGCCGUUAAAGGGCAAGCCUUGGCCGAUUUCUUGGCAGCCCAUCCUUGUGUUGAAAUAGAGGAGAAGGAUUUCCUUGAGGUGGGCACAUUGAGUUUAUUUCCAUGGCACCUUUAUUUUGACGGGUCUCGAACAUCUAACAUGAGCGGGGGCAGGGUCAUCAUUGAAUUGCCCAAAGGAUUCCGAACUCACGGCCAUUUCUCCUCCGUCUGGCCACCAAAUCGAGUGCCACAACUUGAAACACUUCGCCUUGAUUCCAAGAGAAUCAACCAGAAAAUCGAGCCAAAGUUGAGCCCAAAAACAGGCAGCUUCGAACCCAUAAUUUUCAGUGAUUCCCCAUGCAAAUUCCGGCCAUCUCCGGCCGCCACAGCUCAGGUUUUCAAGAGACAGAAAGCUUUGUUCAAGGGCUUUAAUGGUGGAAUUAAUCGUCGACCCUUGAUGUGCUUAAUCCGUAGGUAUGGUUAUUGGCCGACGUUUUGGAGUUUUCCGAUCGCCGGAAAAUUACUCAAUGCACCAACUGGCGGUGGAGGCGCGUCAGCGGGUGUCAAGGCUGGGUUUUUGUCCUAG